AUGACAGAUGCGACUGGUCGGGAGUCCCUGACGCUCGCAGAGACCAAUAAAGUCAGAGAGUCAUUAGGCCUUGCGCCUCUGGCAGAUGGCGACCCCAGCAGCCCGGCGACGCUCAACGAAGCCGAACUCAAGGUAGCAGAGGCAGAAUCCAACUAUGCUGCUCGGAAAGCCGAAGAAGCUCAGGAGAGAGCGGCCAAGGAAGCCCAAACACGGUUAGACAAGAUCCGUACAAAGCGAGAAUUGGCAGCCAGGCUGAAGGGCAAGACACUGGCCGAGAGUCAGGCCGAUGCAGAAGAGGAGGACACACUGAGUUGGCUGAAGAAGAGCAGGGUGAGACAGAGGGAGAACGCUGAUCGGUUGGCCAGAGAGGCCUCAAGAUCUCUUGCGCUCAAGGAGAAAGAGCAGCGUGAGGCGGCAAGCAAGUACACCGAGCAGGACCUCAAGGGUAUCAAGGUCUCUCACGACAUCGAUCAAUUUGAUUCGCUCGGCGAGGAAGGCAUCAUCCUCACCCUCAAAGACGGGGCGAUACUCGACGGCGGCGACGAUGAGCUUCACAAUCUCAACCUCGAGGAGAACGCCAAGCAUGACGAGCGUGUCAAGUCGAAGCAAAAGAAGUCUGCAUAUACUGGCUACGACGACGAAGAGUUCCUUGAAGAUGACGAGGACCUGCGCAAGCCGGGCGCAUCUACGCGCAAGGUGCUCUCAAAGUACGACGAGGACAUCAACGGCAAAGAACAGUCUGGCUUCAGACUGGGAGGAGAGGAGUCUCAAUCUGCUCAGGCUAUUCAAGCUCGUCAGUUAGCUAAAAAUGCCGCUGCCAACGACCACACUCGUCGGCGCGUCGACCUUUCUUUCAUCAAGAACUUGGAAGCGUCCGAUUACUUGCAAGAAGGAGAGAAGGGCUUCAAAGUAAAAAAAAGGCGUCCAAAGCCAAAAGCGACUCGCAAAACAUCGGAUGACCUGGAGGCAGACAUCAGACCAAGCCUUGCAUCCAUCUCUGCUGGUCUGCCAGCAGAAGACAAGAUGCAAGUAGAGGAGCACAAGUCCACUGCUGCAAGGAGGAGACAAGUCGAAGCGCUCGACGAGUCCACCCUUGUAGAUGAUGAUGAGCUCCAAGCUGCUCUUGCUCGACAACGUCGUGCGCAGCUCAAGCGUCGGCCUGUCUUGCGUGCCGAAGAAAUAGCGUCACAAGUGCUGGAAGAGAAGACCGCGAGAGCAACGCCGGACGCAGUCAUGCGCGAUCCAAACGAAGAUAGCUCGGGCGGUCUCAUCUUUGACGAUACGACCGAAUUCGUGAAGGGCAUCUCACUCGAACGCGCAGCUGCACAACCCGCUCGGAGACCGCGUGUCAAAUCAGAAACGCCGCAAGAGAUGCUCGUAGACUCUACAGAAGAAGUCAAGCGAGUCAACAUCAAGGAUCUGAUAGAGGCCGGCGAACUCGAUCCCGAUACUGAGAUGCAGCUAGCGAGUCAGGCAGAGGAGGGCGAAGAGCAAGAAGGAAUCAAGGUGGAAGAGGACGAGGCUUUGCCCAGUACUGCCAAUGAGAAAUUGGUCAGUGGCGGUAUGGCUGCUACGCUUGCUCUGCUUCGUCAGCGCGGCCUCGUCAAGCCGAUGACGGAUGAAGAACGCAAAGCAGACGAGGACUCGAGGCAGAAGUCUCGCUGGAUUGCAGAGAGACGGCUCGAAGAAUUGCAGAGGUUGCAAGAAAGAGCCGCUUCGCGAGCUGCUGGCACGAGCAAAGAUCAACAUCAACGCGAGUAUGAGAACAGGCAGAGAGAAAUCGCAGCCGCUCGACAGUCUCUGGAUAGUUUCAGAGACUACAAACCCAAUGUCAAUAUCCAGUAUACCGAUGAGUUUGGUCGUUCUAUGACCCCCAAGGAAGCUUGGAAGGCACUCUCGCAUCACUUCCAUGGCAAAGGAAGCGGCACUGCUAAGCGGGCCAAGCGACUCAAGCAGAUUGAAGAGGAGAGAAAGCGCGAAGCCAUGGCUGCAUCCGAUACACCUUUGUCGACCAUGAACGCUUUCGCUGCUCGUCAGGAGCGAUUGGGCUCGGCCACCAUGGUUCUCAGUGUCGGCAACAGAGAUGCUGCACCUAUGACGGACAACUUUGCAGAUACUCUGCGAUCUGGCAAGACUGCUCCCAAGCGCACGAAAGAGUCGAAAGCGUCUGGCCAGCCGGCAAUAAUUGCACAAGAUGCUAUCGUCAACUUGACGCCCACUCUUGCUACUCAGCCCGGCACUAUCGAAUCUCGUGACGACAGUCCGAAGCCGAAAGCAGGCUUCCGAUCAAUCAAAGCCGCACCUGCCUUUAUGCCUCACUCUGUCAAUCGAUCUGCUCAAAGAGCGAGUACGCCUCCGCCGUCUGUCGUCGAAGAAGCCAGCUCAGCGAAGCGUAAAGCUGAGGGCGAGGUGGACGAUACGCCGCCUGCGAAGCGUAGAUGA